AUGUCGAGUAUGACCUACGCAACAUCGUCUCCCGCUGCUACCACUGGAGGACAGGGCAAUAAUCCCCCGAUAUGCCAGAAUUGCGGCACCUCCAAGACUCCCUUAUGGCGUAGGGACGAACUCGGCUCGGUGCUUUGCAACGCCUGCGGGUUGUUCUUGAAACUCCAUGGACGACCGCGCCCCAUCAGCCUUAAGACAGAUGUGAUCAAAAGUCGCAAUCGAGUCAAAACUGCUGGUCAGGGCCCGAAGCGCAAGUCCGGCAGCGCAGCCGACGGAAAUGGGCUUGCUUCCUCGAGGUCAGAAGCUGGCACUCCUCCUUUGGGGUCGCAGGGGUAUCGUCGCGCGUCGCGCAAGAUGUCGCCCGGCCAUUCAGACCGAUCCAAUUCCCCAGUGCCCCAGCCCGAUACCCACGGAAUUCCCGGUUUACACCAACCGCUCGCGCAACCCCAUCACAAUUCCAACAUUGCGCCGCAGCAUAUGUUUGAUAGUGUAACGACCGGGGACCACACUAGCCAGCUCCCAUCCGUCCAGCUACCGCAACCUUCCCCCUCGGCUGCGGCCGCGCCGGUGGACCGUCACCACGAACCCCCACAGACAUACGAGGACCUCUUGGCGGCGAACACGUCCUUGAAGACUCGUGUCAGCGAGCUGGAUCUCAUCAACGGGCUCUUCAGGGGGCGCGUCGCGGAACUCGAGCAGAGCGACGCAACUGCGCGACGGUCCGAGAUGAUACUUCGCGACUCGGAAGCACGCCUGAGACGUUCGCUCGACGAUGCUCAGCGACGGGAGGAGGAGCUCAAGCGACGUAUACUUGAACUGGAGCGUCAGCUUACGGAACAGACUAACGGAGGUAAUCCCUCAAAGGAGAACCCUCUUGAGCCGCUGGCCAAGAGAAUGAAGCUUGCCGACGUGGUAGAGGAAGAUUCGCAAUCGCCAGCCAAAUCGCCCAAGAGCAUCUAG